AUGAAAAGUGCGGAGAGCUUAAGCAUAAAUUAUAGCCCGCAUGAUUUAUCAUUUGAGCCAACGAAGUAUUUAGUUUUUAAUGCUCCAUAUGAUUUCGAAAAUCUAACAUAUUUCAUACGUAUUCGUAAUACGUCAACGAAACAUAUUGCAUACGCCAUUAAAAGUAACGCAAUACCACGCGUUUUUGCAACUCCGCCGUGCGGCAUCUUACCACCAAAACAGAAAUGCGAUAUCGCAGUUACCGUUAAGAAAAUGGACAAAUUUACUGAACAAUUAGUUCAAAAUGAUCGACUUGCAUUUGACUAUGUAUUCUGUCCACCUGAAACAAAACAAUUUAAAUUCAAAUUGCUACAGACUGAAAUGCGACGAAGGAAAAACAUUUAUAUCAAAUAUAACCCAUAA